AUCAACGAGAUGGCAUCGAAGCACCAUCCCAACCUGGUGCGGCUGCUGGGCUUCUGCAUGGACUAUGACGCGGCAGCGGAGCGCAUGGAGCAGAUCGCCAUCUAUGAGUUCAUGCCCAAUGGGGACCUGCACCAGCGCAUGCACGCAGAAGCCACAGGUAAAAUUACACCUCUGACUCUCCAGCAGCGGCUGGACAUUUUGAUCGGAGCAGCGCGCGGGUUGGAGUACCUCCACAGCUUUGGCAUCGUGCAUCGCGACAUCAAGCCCGCCAAUAUCCUGCUGGACCGCCACAUGAAGGCGAAGGUGUCCGACUUUGGGUUGCUGAGGCUGGGAGAGGGCAGCUGUGCAGUGCAGUCCACGCGGGUGAUGGGCACACCGGGCUAUGUGGACCCCGUCUACUCCAUCACUCGCAAGGCCACGCCCAGUGCUGACGUGUACAGCUUUGGAGUGCUGAUGAUGGAGCUGCUGGCAUGCAAGCAUGUCGUGAUGCUAUCUGAAGAUGGCUCGCACACCAACAUCAAGGACUGGGUGGAGCAACAGGUGGAGAGCGGGAACGCUGCAGCUGUUGUGAAUGCGGAUCUCAAUGCACCACACGCCAUGGCCUCCAAGCUAGUGGAGCUGGCUCUUUCAUGUGUUGCAAGACUCGUCUCCCCGCGUCCACCCACCCACCACCCGCUCAUAUCCACCGUCCACAAUCUCCCCUUCACCAGCCGUCCGAUCCGCGCGUCCCAUCCGCGCGCCAUGCGGCUGGCGGAGAUGCGCGCGGUGUACGCGCAGCUGGCGCACCUGAUGGCGGGAAUGAUUCUCGUCGCCAUGGGGCUGUGCGUCGCGCUCGUCUCCAUGCUCGACAUCAUCGUCGCCGCGCUCUGCCCCACCGACCAGUGCCCCGAGGCGCUCAUGCUCUCCGCCGGCCGCGCCACGAUAGGCGGCAUAGCGAACAUCAUAGUGGCGCCCAUAUUCGGGGGCCUCUCCGACAAGUACGGCCGCAAGCCCUUCCUGCUGCUCGGCAUCGCAGGCAUCACCAUCCCCUACGCCAUCCUCGCUACGAGCUCCAGUCGCCUGGCCGUGUACCUGUUCUUUGCGGCGGAGACGGUAGGGUCGGCCAUGGGGGGCUCUGCAUGGCUCAAUCUCAUCUAUGCCUACGUGGCGGACGUGACAGGGGAGGCCAACAGGGCGGCGGCGUUUGGAGCCAUCUCCGGCACCACCGCCGUUGGCUUCCUUGCUGGCCCGCUCGUCGCUCGAUUCGUGCCUCCUGCCAUCACUUUCCAUGUGGCGACACUGCUGUGCUCGUGUGGGUGGGCGUACAUACUCAUCAUGGUGCCUGAAUCCCUGCCCUCGCACCGCCUCCUGCGCAAGGCCGCCUCGCUGGCCGACGAGGAGCAUGGUAGCGUUGCUGCUGCCGCUGCCGCUGCUGUGGCGGCUGUGGAUGUCGAGAGGAUUUCAGGAGGGGGUCAAGAAGCGGGAGGGGGAGGAGGAGGCAGAGGGGGGAAUGUGGGGGAGAGGACGUGGCUGCUGGAAGGGUGCAGAGAUGGAGGGAAUGGAGAGAAGGGAGGAGGAGGCAAAGGAGGGGGACCCAUGCACGUCAUGUCCUCCAGUCCGCUCGUGUCUACUCUGCUGCUCGUGGCCUUCCUGCAUGCCUUUGCUGACAACGGCCAAACGUCAAACAUGUUUUACGUGUUCAAGGCCAAGUUCCACUGGAGCAAGGACGACUUCUCACUCUACACUGCUAGCAUCGGCCUCUCUGGCGUGCUCUCCCAUCUCUUGCUGUUGCCCCUGCUGCUCCAGAUAUUCCCCCUCCGCUCCCUGCUCAUCCUCGCUAUUACCAUCAACAGCUUUCAUGUGGUCCUGUAUGGGCUCGCAUGGAAACCAUGGGUGGUGUACUUGGCGCUAUGCAUGAGCAUCGUCUCUUCACCCACUCAAACCUUGAUCAGCACCAUGAUCUCACACCUUGCAGGCCCCAGGGAACAGGGCAAGCUGCAAGGGGUGGUGUCGAGCAUCCAUUCUCUCUCUGCUGUGCUCGCUCCUCUCACCAUCAACCCCAUCACCGCGUAUUUCAUGUCUGACUCAGCGCCCAUCCAUCAGCCUGGUGCCGGCAUCCUCGUCACAGCCAUUGUCGAGGCGGUGGCCUGUGUGCUUGUGCUGGCACUACCGCCUCCUGCUGGUAAGACAGCUGUGAGGGCACUAGACGCAUGUCACGAGUUCCACGGGUCGAAGCAAGGGAAAGCGUAA